AUGAUCACUCUCUCUCAGCAACUUAACAAUUCAGCUUUAGGAUGGGAUGUUGCAAAACAGCCAAACCCAUGUUUGUGGAAGGGAGUUACUUGCAGUAAGAGUUCCUUGAUAACGCAACUUUCGUUAUCUGGGUUUGCACUCUCUACAUAUAAUUUGCCUGUUGUUUGUGAGAUUAGUUCUUUGUAUUCACUUGAUCUUUCCAACAACGCUUUGAGCUCAAUUUCUGAGUUCAUCAAAGACUGUGGAGGGAUUCAUGGGCUAAAGUCAUUGAAUUUGAGCAAGAAUUGGUUGUCUGGUUCUAUUCCUAGCCACCUUGGAAAAUCUAAGGCUUUAGAGCAACUUGUGCUUUCUGAGAAUAAUUUCAGUGGUGAAAUACCUGAACAAAUUGCAGAUUAUGGGAACUUGACCUUGAUCGACUUUAGUGUCAAUAAUCUUUCGGGGUCUAUUCCUCAUAGAAUUGGAGAACUUGCAAACUUGGAAGUUCUAAUCCUCUCUGAGAAUAAUUUAAAUGGUGGAAUUCCAGCAAACCUUUCCAGUAUAUCAACCCUGUCGCGUUUUGCAGCCAAUCAUAACAAUUUUAGUGGUUCAAUUCCUGGUGGACUCACAAGAUAUGUGAAGAAUUUAGAUCUUAGUUACAAUAAGUUGACAGGGUCUAUUCUAGAAGACCUUUUGUCAUUUACAAAUUUGCAGACCGUGGAUUUGUCUUAUAAUUUGCUAGAGGGUUCAAUACCUGAUAAAAUGUCUCCAAGCUUGGUUAGGUUGAGAUUAGGAAGCAAUUCACUCAAUGGUGUGAUCCCUUCGGCGAAUUUUGCAACUCUGGAAAAAUUGACUGGCUUGGAGCUGGACAACAAUAGCUUCACUGGAAUGAUACCUCCAGAAUUGGGUGAUUGCCAAACUUUGACGCUGUUAAACUUGGCUCAGAAUAAACUGAAUGGUUCAUUGCCGGCACAAUUGGGUAAUCUCAAAAGUCUUCAAGUUAUGAAGCUUCAACUCAACAACCUGAGUGGAGACAUCCCUGUUCAGUUUUCCCUGCUAAAGAAUUUGUCUCAAUUAAACAUUAGCUGGAAUUCGCUGACUGGUUUAAUACCUUCUUCCUUUUCCAACUUGCAAGAGCUUACAAACUUGAACUUACAACACAACUAUCUCAGUGGUUCCAUACCUGACUCAAUCAGGAACAUGAAUUCUUUGAUAGAACUCCAACUUGGAGAAAAUCAGCUAAGAGGCCGAAUUCCAUCGUUGCCAGUGAAAUUGCAGAUUGCUUUGAAUCUGAGCAGCAAUCUCUUUGAAGGAUCUAUCCCACACAGCCUUUCUAGCCUGACUGGAUUGGAAGUUUUAGAUCUCUCAAACAACAAAUUCUCUGUUAAUUCUUUCUAA